AUGACGGCAAGCAUAGAGACAGGGAUAGGGAUAGCAAGUACAGGGACCGGAAUAAGGAGCCAGAGCGUGACCGUGACCGUGAACGGGGCAAGGAUCGGGAGCGUGAACCGGAUCGGCAGCGUGACUAGGACCGUGGCAGAGACCGGGAUAAGGAAGCAGAGCGCGAUAAGGAAAGGGAGCGGAGGGACAGGGAUAAGGAGAGAAGCCGCAACAGAGACAAGGACAAGGAUAGGGCAGAGAGGGACGAUAGGGAGCACGAGAAGUCAAGGGGGAAGGGUCGUGGAGAAGAUGAUGCAGAUUCAUCCAAGGCCUUUUUCCUGUAGGGCAAAGGAGGAAAGAUUGAAGGACAAAAAGGAAGGAGGAAUACUGGAUGGUAAUGAUGGGGCUUCUGAGAUACUGUCAUGGGUGGGAAAGAGUCAUAAACUUGAUGAAAAACGGCAAGCUGAAAAGGAGAAAGCAUUAUGUCUUGCACGAGCAUUGGAGGAACAGGAUAAUAUCUUGGCACUUUGGCAGAAAACGGCGACGAUGAUGAUGAUGAAGAGGAAGAUACACAAGUUGGAGGUUCUUCAUGGCCUUGAUAAGGUUUUGGAAGGUGGUGCAGUUGUCAUGACUCUCAAAGAUCAGAGUAUUCUUGCCAAUGGGGAUAUCAAUGAAGACGCUGAUAUGCUUGAGAACAUUGAGAUUGGCGAGCAGAAACAAAGAGAUGAAGCUUAUAAGGCUUCAAAGAAGAAAGGAACUUAUGACGACAGGUUCAGCGAUGAUUUGUUGUCAAAGAAGUCGAUGCUGUCACAUUAUGAUGACCAAAUGGAAGAUGAGGGUGUGACACUUGAUGAAGGUGGACGUUUCACCGGUGAAGCAGAAAAGAAGCUAGAAGAGAAAAAGAAAUCCUUGAGGAAGAAGGAGAAGCUGGAUCUGGAUGCAUUUGAGGCAGAAGCAAUUGCUUCUGGAUUAGGGGCCGUUGAUCGUGGCUCCAGGAACGAUGGAAAGAGACAGUCCGCUAGGGAGGAAGAGCAAGCGGCUGAUGCUGAAAAGAGAAAUAGUGCAUAUCAAACUGCCAUUGCAAAGGCUGAAGAGGCAUCAAAAGCAUUGCGCGAGGAGAAAACUGCACCUACUAAACCUGCUGAAGAAGAAGAGUUUGUUUUCGGUGAUGAUUAUGAAGAUCUGCAGAAAUCUCUGGAGCAAGCAAGAAAGUUGGCCCUAAGGAAGCAGGAAGAGGCUGCCGCUUCUGGUCCUCAGUCCAUAGUUGAACUGGCUACUGCAACCAAGAGCCAAGAGGAUACAGAAGCCACAGAAGGAGAUUCAGAACAGAAUAAGGUUGUUAUCACAGAGAUGGAAGAGUUUGUGUGGGGACUACAAUUGAAUCAAGGAACACGCAUGCCAGAAGACGAUGUGUUUAUGGAUGAAGAUGAUGAUGCCAUGCCUUCAGAUAAUCUUGCAAAAGAUGACACUAAUGGGUUGGCAGAGAUGGAAGAGGAAGCUCUGACAGAAAUACCAGCCAAGGUUGAAGAGGAUGGAGUCAAACCGGAUGAGGUUAUACAUGAAGUUGCAGUAGGCAAGGGUUUAGCUGGUGCUUUGAAGAUUCUUAAGGAGCGAGGGAGCCUCAAUGAGGGAACAGAUUGGGGAGGCAGAACUACAUACAAGAAAAAGAGCAAACUGAUAGGUGUGGAGGAUGGACCUAAAGACAUUCGCAUUGAAAGAAUAGAUGAAUUUGGUAGAGUGAUGAGAGAGGCUCAAUCUCGCAACCAAACACCAUACCUCAUUUUAAGUGGCAAUGCAAAAACAGGUCAAACAAGUGAUGCUGGCAGCUAUGCUACCUUGGAGACAGGGCAACCUGGAAGCCUAACGCCCAUGCUUGGGGACAAAAAGGUUGAGCAUUUCCUGGGCAUCACACGAAGUGCCAAGCCUGGAAGCUUACCUCCUCCAGUCCCAAAGAAACCGAAGAACUGA